AUGCUGCCGGAGACAACGGGGCAGAGAGAUCGGGCGGUGGCUGGUGGGGUGCCUGUAGGAGCUGCGGCUCUUGGGGCGACGGAGAUUGUGCCGGCGGCGACGGAGAUUGCAGAGCCUGUUGGGGAGGCAUGGGCGGCUGCCGAGGCUGUUGCUGCCGCUGGCGGCGGCUCAUCUUCACCCUUUGCCAUGGGCGCGUUUGCCCCACCACCGGCACAGGGUUUUGGACCGUGUUCCGGAUCGGGUCUUGGAUCGGGGGCAGUGCUGUCAGAAGCGGAGGAGCCGGCGCCGCCACAGCCGCCGAGGGCAUCAACGGAUGCAGAAGGUGCGGAGGUGGCCGUGACGUCUACCGCUGCGUGCGCCGGAACUCCUGUUGCCGCCGUGGCCGCAAGCACGCGGGAGCACGGCCAUGCGGAGGAUGAUAGAGUGGAUUCCACGAACGGCGCUGCCUCCGAUGAUGCCCGGACGACGUCGAAGAAGAAGCUGCGGGCCCAGCCAGUGCCGAGAAGGCCUGGAGCAGGGCUGGGACCUGGCUCCCCGGGUCCCCUCCUAGGCUGGCUUUGGCAAGAGUAG